AUGAAAAGAGUUGAUGUCUUCUCAAUGCAAAUUAUUGCAAAGUACUUUCUUGUUUUCUCGGAUUAUUUUUCUAUCAUCCAAGUUUGCAAGAAAUACGAGUUUUUACUUGAUCGUUUUCGUAUCAACCCCAUCCGAAUAAGCCCAGAGUCCAAACCGUUAUUUACACACAUUCAAACUCAAAUUGUAUAUACUCCAUAUGACAUCAUCGUCCCAGUUGAUCGUCAUAUCUUUCUUUAUUUUGUUACUUAUAAAGAGUACAAAGAGAAAAACACACAAUUUGAAGUGUACAAAAACGUCCGCUUUACAACAGAAGAUAUUGAAAAAUAUGGAUCAAAAAUACCAGAAGAAAUCUCACAACUUGGUGAUUAUCUUUACUUCCAAAAUAUGGACUUAAAGAGUGUCCAAAUACCAUCAAAAGUCACUAAAAUUGGGGAGUGGACUUUUAAUGAAUGUGGUCUGACGAAAAUCGAAAUUCCAUCUACUGUCAAAGUGAUUCAAUAUAAUUCAUUUGGAUCGUGUGGUGCAUUAAAAGUAGUCAAACUACCAGAAAAUAUCACGGUAAUACCAAAAUCGUGUUUUGAAAAUUGCACCGAACUUGAAAAUAUCAACUUUCCUGAAAGUCUUCAAUUUAUUGAUGAUUGUGCUUUUUUACAAGCAAAACUAGUCAAUGUCGUUAUACCCAAUAAGUGUGAAAUUGGUUACAGUUGUUUUGCAAUGAACUCAAAUUUGACUCGAAUUGUGUUAAAUGGAGUUUCAUGUAUUCCGGACUUUCUCUGUGACUCUUGUUCCAGUCUCAAAAGAGUUGAAGUUUCUAAAAAGUUGAUUGAAAUUGGUGAAUUUGCAUUUGCGCGAUGUGAAAGUCUUGAGAACUUCGAUUUCAAUGAAGAUUUAAAAUAUAUCGGAAACUUUGCUUUUAAAUAUUGUAAACAACUCAAAAUCGCACAUUUGAAAAAGAAAGUGUGUUAUGUUGGUACGUUUGCAUUUAUGGGAUGUGAAAAAUUGGAAGAAAUUGUUAUUGAAAACAAAAAUGUUUUUGUUGGUAUUGGUGUGAUAGAAAAAUGUGAUAGGCUUACUAAAAUAUCAAUUCCGUUUGACACAAAUAAGAUUGAAUUUGAAAUAACAGAAAAUGAGUUAACAAUAUUAAAUAAAUUGGACUUAAAAAGUGUUACACAAAGUGUCGAUAAAAUGUUUUACAGUGAAAUUACUGUAGAAAAUGAUAAUAUGGACUUUUCAGCCAUUUCAAAAAUCGGGUUGUACGAAAACCAAUCAAUUACCAACGUUGAUUUAAACACUUCAUUGGAGCAAGUUGGUAUUAAUCAAAUUGUAUUAAAUUCACUUACAUCAUUGUUUAUUCCAUCGACCGUUGCACUUGUUAAUGAUUAUUGCAUUGGGCGUUGUAAUUCUUUGAAGAAUUUUGUUGUUCCAAAAUAUGCAACUUCAAUAUGUAAAAAUGCAGUUUGCCAAGAUUUAAUAACACGGAUAUUGUUUCCUAAGAACACAACACAAUUUGAUUGCAAAUUCGAGUGUUGGCAAUUUACUGAAUUUGAGAUACUAAAUGGUGUCAAAGAAGUUGAGGAAAACACUUUUUGUGAAUGCGACAACUUGGAGAAAAUAGUGAUACCUUCGACAGUGACAAAAAUCAAUGAAAACUUUGUGGUCAAAUGCACUAAACUCUCUGAAAUUGAAAUACUGAAAAACGACAAUAAUUCAAACUUGUUGGACGUAGAAAAGGUGAUUCUGAAAAAUCAAAAACUGCCGAACGACUUGUUAGAAAUCCCUGAGUAUAUAGACACGUUGUAUGCUUGUAUGAAUUUUGCAGAAAAUGUGACUCAAAUUAAUGUGCCAAGUACCAUCACUAAAAUUGAAAACAGUGCUUUUUCUGAAGUUAACAAUUUGUGUGUGUUAACACUUCCAGACACUUUAAAAGAGAUUGGAAAACACAUCUUUUCUCACAACAUUAAAUUAACAAAAAUUGAUAUCGGCAACAACACACAAAAUGAAUUUGAUAAGUUCGUUGUGAGUUAUUGUUGCCACUUGAGACUUCUCAAUUAUGGGUAUCAUUUCAAUAAUAUUGAAUUGAUUAUUUCAGACGUUGAAAAUGUUGGCAAUACUUUCGAUGUAACUAAAGUGCGAAAGUUUGCAACGACAUCGGUAUUAAAUACUCAACUGUUUGAUAAUGUCCCACCACUAGUAACUGAAUACUGUGAUUUGUUGUUGAAUACAAAACACUUGAUUAUUCCAAGUGAAGUCACUGAAAUGAUUGAAUACAGUUGUGUAAAUAUGCCAAUCCACACAGUCAAAUUUUUAAAUGUUCCUGUGAUAGCAAAAGGCGCGUUUUCUCAAUGUCAUUAUUUAACACAAAUUGUUUUUAAUGAAACAUUGAAACGUAUUAAGAAAUACGCGUUUGAGUCAUGUUUAUCACUGAAAGACAUAGUUCUUCCAAAAAGUCUUCAAAAUGUUGGGAGUUUUGUGUUUGAGGGAUGUUAUUUACUCACAAAAGUGUCAUGUGAAAAUGAAAAUGUUAUUUAUGGAACAAAGUGUUUAGCUUUCUGUGUUUCACUGAAAAAAGUUCCAGUUAUAACGAAUAUGGGCGUUGCGAUGUUCUUUGAGUGCAAAUCACUUUCUCAAAUUUCGCUGAGUGAAAAUUGUAAAGAAAUUUCCGACUUUGCGUUCUUUAGAUGUUUGUCACUCACAAAAAUUGAUAUCCCAAAAAGCGUCACAAAAAUUGGAGUUUUUAGUUUUAGAAAGUGUGUCGCACUGAGAGAAAUUGAAAUCCCAAAGAGUGUUGAAAUAAUUGAGGAUGGCGCGUUUUAUGACUGCAAAAACAUUAAAAAGGUUGUUAUAGAUAAUUCGAAUGUUAUGUGUGGAGUUGAUGUGUUUGAGGGUUGUGAGGAAAUCACAACACUGCAAAUUGGCAACGAAAAAGAAAAGUACCAAUUUGAAGUGAGUUACUCGUUUUAUUUACAAAUGAAGAAUAUACACAUUUAUUGUGAGAAUGUAGUAGUGAAGAGAAGUGAUGUUCUUAAAUAUGGCACUGCAAAAAUGAUAAAUGAAAUUCAAAUGAACAAGUUAAUUCACAGACUUGACGAAGGCUGCUUUUUCAUGAAUUCUGAGUUAACUAAAAUUGAAGUUUUAAACAAUGUGACUGAAAUUGGAAAUUUCGCAUUUUACAACUGUCUGAAUUUGAAAGAAGUCAUUUUGCCAACGACUAUUGUGGGAAUUCCACAUUACUGUUUUGAUGGAUGUUCAAACUUGAGUUUUAUAGAAUUGAAAGGAAACAUUGAAAAAUAUGGAAUUUGUUGCUUAAAUCAGUGUCUUAAUCUAAAAGGCAAAGUUGAUAUACCAGAGGAGUACUUCGAAUCUCAACAAGACGAAAGUGAUGAAAUUGAUUAA